AUGACACGAUCGCUUCGUGGAUUGUCAUACUGAUAAUGUAAUCUUAUCGUGAUGUAUCUGUUUUCUAUAUAUACUAAGUCCUUUAGAUGUUAAAUUAUAUUCAGUUAGUACUCCAGACAGCAACUGUCUCCUACUGAAAAUAUGAAGAGCCUUAUCCUCGUCGCAGUCCUCGCUGCGCUGGCAGUCUGCAGUGAUGCAGCUGCUCUGCAGCAGAACCCUGCCUUCAGGGCCAACAUGUACCAGGGAGCCAUCAGACCUGGUGACAGGCUUCUCUACAGAAACUACUACUACAAAGCCCCCAUCGCGAACGCAGUACAGUACCAGGAUAUCACGUACCGUGGCAGUUCCAGCACUCGGAUCUCCUUCAUCCAGGCCGUUGAGGUCGGCCAGACCCAGUGGGGCCAACCUUCCCUCAGGUCCGGAGGAGUUAACUUCAGCAACGCCACCAUCAGACUGACAUCAGCCCGCGGCUGGGGCUACUACUACAUGAUCGAAAUCUGGGGCCGAUAAGCAACGCGCUGCUGACAACGAUUUUCAUGACGUGAUAUGAAUUUGGUGAUAUAAUGUUAAAAUAUUAAUUAAGAUUCUUACAGAAAAUUUUAAUAAACAAUACUGUGGAAUGUA